UGGACAAGGACCGUUCCGCCAUCCCCGAUUGCAACUCGCUGCGUCGUUUCUGCUCUCUCCUCUCCCGUCUUGAAACAGCGCUAGGGUUAGGGUUUUUCUCGAACUCGAUCGUCGCCCAAACCCUCAUUCCCAUACGAUCCCUUGCUUUUUUGGAGAUUAAGAAUGGAGGUCGAGAAGGGCGGCGGCGGCGGCGGCGGCGGCGGAGCGAGCUCGCUGGUCCCAGUCGUGCCACCGUUCUUGAGCAAGUGCUACGAGAUGGUGGACGAUCCACAGACAAACGGGACGGUGUCCUGGAGUGAGACCAACAACAGCUUCGUUAUCUGGGAUCCCGCAACCUUCUGCCGGGAUCUCCUGCCCAAGUACUUCAAACAUAGUAACCUCUCUAGCUUCGUCCGCCAGCUUAACACCUAUGGUUUUCGAAAGGUCGAUCCUGAUAGACAUGAGUUUGCAAAUGAGGGAUUCCUGAGGGGCCAAAAGGAUUUGCUGAAGACCAUUACGAGGAAGAAACCUUCCCAUAAUGCUGUUCAGCAGCAUCAGUCUCAAGGGAGAAAUACAUCAGUAAAGGCAUGCGUUGAGGUCGGAAAAUUUGGGCCAAAGGAAGAAAUUGAAAUGCUCAAGAGGGAUAAGAAUGUCCUUAUGCAGGAGCUGGUAAAACUCAGGCAGCAUCAGCAAGACACUGACCAUGAAGUUCGUAUUGUGAGACAACGUAUACAAGGUAUGGAGCAGCAUCAGCAGCAGAUGAUGUCAUUUUUGGCCAUGGCAGUUAAGAGUCCUGGAGUUGUGGCCCAACUAAUGCAGCAGAGCGGGAAUAAUAGGUUGACCGAGGCAAAUAAGAAAAGAAGGCUUCCUGCAUUGGAACAAGGUGUUGUAGGAAGUUCCCAGACUUCAUCUGAUGGGCAGAUUAUCAGAUACCAGCCUUUUAUGCCUGAGACCUUGAGGUCAUCUAUGUCACCAAUGCCGAAUUCUGUUGUAUCAACUAAUUUUCAGCCUAUGUCUAAUGGGGUCAAUGAUUUGUGCACAAAUGUGGAUGUCAUGUCACUUGGGGCUAACUCCUCUUUGCCACCAGGAGGGGAUCUUCCUCUGACAGAAUAUAUAGAACAACUUUUGGCCAGCCCGAUAUCAGAAAAUAAUGGGCAGAUUGAGCCUCAAUCCCUGGAGGUUCCAGAUUUUAUGUUGGAUUUUGUUUUACCAGAGCAGGAAAUUCAGAUGGAAAUAUCUCAAAACAUGGUUCUUCCAAGUGAACAGGUGGAAGGGAAUCAUCAAGCAUCUGAAAAAGAUAGCGGGCACGAUAAGUUGAGUAGCCUCUAGGGGUCAGGAGUGUAGAACAUCUUCUGAGUCUCUGACAUACAUACAUACAUGCAUACAUGCAUACAUACCAUGUCUUAAUAUGGAAACCAGGUGAAUGGAGAAGAUAUGAUAGAGGGAUGGACUGCGCUCAUUUGCUGGCUGAUAAACUGCAUGGUUACCAUGAGAAGAACGACACUGGUGUAAGGGUGCCUCAGAGUUGAUAACAAACAUCUGUGCUGUGAACAUAUAAUGGAGCCAGUGAAGUGCAAUCUCCAGUCAAGUCUCCCUGACCCUUACCAAAGGCACGUUUUAUGCAAUGGACUAACAUCUAAAACAAUCAUAACCUAUUGUAUUUCUUGUUCACAAGUAGUUGGUGAUCAAACAACUAACUGUUUUUUCCAUGUUUUCUAAAACAGGAAACUGGCAAUGCAACCCUAUGCACCCCUACUUAAUUAAUAUGGAGGAUUCAAAAUCGUUCUUGCUAUUGAGGUUUUAAAUAAAACUUAUCUGAAAUCUAAUGUAUUUUUACAAUUGAUCUGUCAACAUAGGCUGCUAGCUAUCUUCAAUCCAAGUUAUAAACUUUUUGGAUGAUGAAAGUGUUACUUCCUCUGUGUUUUUUUGCAACUGAUUGGUGUAUUAGACCCAACUUUUUUAUGUAUUUCAUGUAAGUAUUAUAGAAAAGAAAAGUCAUCUUACGGGCGCCAGUAAGUGUUGCUAUAGAAGUUGUGGUUUAUAUAGGCUAGGCUGUUCUUUUUUCAAAGUUUGAUGGAGUACAGAUUAAGAUUAAUUAAAAGAUACAAUAGAUUAGGACAAAUCUAUUUUGGGCUAUGGAGGGUGUUGGUUCACAUGUGUUUGCGUGCAAAAUCGCUAUUUAUUGAGGUCUGUGUAUUUGGUUCUGUGUAUGAGAAUUAACUGUGGAUGAGCUAUCAGGUGUUGGAGUUUUCUAGUGAUUUAUUUGUUUGGAAAGUAUUUUGGUUUAUUAACCAAUUGUUAUUACCUUUUCGGACAGGUAGAUUUACUUAUUUUUUUUCCUGUUCUCUGUAAGUCCUGCUUUUCCUUUUGAUGUUUGAAGCAAAUGAUAAAAUCUGUAUCAAAAAAAAAGAGAGAAUGAUAAUAUAAUUACUGCAUUUCUGUAGUUAUUUUUAGAAAAGUUUAAAGAGUCCUUUGUGUUCAAAUUGGCCAGAUUAUGGAAGGAAAUAUUUUAAUUAUUUGUUUGAAAGAUAUUGGGUUCCCUUCCUUCAGGAGUUGUAGUUAUCAAAUUUCGAGUCCAGAAGUCAGUUAAACUGUUGCUAAAAGAGAAGCGCAGAUGAGAAAGUAUGGAUUAAGAUGGCCACCUUAUUAACCCCUUGCUGUGGACAUUUCGAACCCUUGGGAUGUUUUUGUUUCAUGUAACUGGCCUACCUUCCAAUCCUGUCAUUAAACUGGUCCUUUUCCAAUGUUUUCCCAUGGUCACAGUCACAUGCAGCUGAGCUUCUAAAUGCAGAAUAAAUGCUGCAAUUUGACCUAUGGUUGACAACUUGACAUACAGUGAAAACUGUUGUAAUUCAAGUUAUGGUUGCUGAGGAUGGUUGGUGCAACUCAUUUAGUUUACAAAUGAGUGUGAUUGGUUACUAUAUUUCCACCUUUAUCAUAUCUGCAGUUAAUACCUUCAGUUGCUAGCAGCCAAAUGGGUGCAUGAUCAUUGUCUGUUCUCUCUCUUCGCAAACAGCUCCCAAGUCUCCCAAGUUUCUUUCUAAUUCUCUCUCAAGUUUGAAAGAGCAACUGACUUAUUAAGAACUACCCUUUUAUUUUACACAACAUCACUAUCCAUUUUCUUCACUUUGGAAUAUCAGCUUUGAGAAAUAUUUUUAAGAAGGUUGAGUUAGAAAUUAGUGUUUAUAGUCCAUAGAGAGUGUACCAUGCCCUACGGAAGUGUGCAGCUUUCAUAACCAUAUUUUAUGGACCAUUGGACCUUACUAGUAUUUUACUCUUCUUGUUUCCUUCACUGUGGAUCAACUUUAUCAACUAUCUCCAGUCAAUUCUAAUCUGCGUUUCCUCAUUGUACAAUUUUUCAGUGCCAAAAUUAUUGUCAAAUAUUCUUGUAGUUUUUCACAGUACUGGUUUAGGCUUUCCUCUUUCGUAUGUUUGCUUAUAAUCUUCAAUGCAGAUUCUCCUUAUAUAAUUUAAUUCUGGAACAGCAUGACCUUGUCCUAGCAUUGCAGUCAUAUUUCUUGUCAAUAAGCUGAGCGGGUGUUUCCACAUGUCAUGAUACCUUAUCUGCAGUUCAAGUUAAUGGCCUGAAUACUUGCUUGUGUUGUCCUAGUCUUAUGUUUACAUCUUAUUUUUCUAUUUGUUAGAUAUUCAUUAAUUUACCCUGCAUCUCUCUCUUGAUAUAUGGUCCACCAUGUGUUCAAGGGGGAGGGUGUUGGAGAUGAUAGAGUGAAUUCUCCAUAAUUAUGUCUCAUGUUUACUUUGCAAUUUCAGAUAUAUUUGUUCAUCUUUAUUUUGUGUUAAUAAUGGGUUUGUUCACGGACUGUCUAUGUAUGAUUUGUUCAUUG